GGACCGGAAGUGGCCGAUGCUGUCGCCCGUGACACCGAGACAACAGCUGCGGGUUGUGUGCUAGCGGCCCAAGCAGCGCCGGGAGCCCGAGCGGAGUGAGCGUGGGGCGGUAGCGGCCUGCGAUUGUGAGAUGGGGACUGAGUACAAGGAGGUGAUUCCCAAGGAAGAAAUCUCUGAAGAAUCUGAGUCACAUGGGUCAAUAUUUGAAAAACUUCCAGAAGUAGUUUACCAAAGUCACAAGUUUGGGGCAGCAUUUGAAGAAGAUAUAUUGGAGGGACAUUCGAGAGACUCCACGGAAGAGAUUAUAGAACAGAUGUCUCCUCAGGAGAGAGACUUUGCAUCAGAAUUGAUUAUCUUUAAGAAAUCACCCUCAAGUGAGAAGGACCAGGAGAAUACUGAGGGUGAGAGAGGCUGCAGUCCCACCCCAAAUCUGGUUACACAUCAGGGAGAUUCCGCAUUAGAGGGAGUUAGUACAUUUGUUAUCUCUGGCCAAAACUUCAUAGAGAAUUUAGGGCCUAACAAAACACAGAGAAGUUCUAUAGGAGAAAAGCCUCAUACAUGUAAAGAAUGUGGGAAAGCCUUUAAUCAGAACUCACAUCUCAUCCAGCAUAUGAGAGUUCAUAGUGGAGAAAAACCCUUUGAAUGCAAAGAAUGUGGGAAGACAUUUGGAACUAAUUCAAGCCUGCGAAGGCACCUGAGAAUUCACGCUGGAGAAAAACCUUUUGCUUGUAAUGAAUGUGGAAAGGCCUUCAUUCAGAGUUCACAUCUUAUCCACCAUCAUAGAAUUCAUACUGGAGAGAGGCCCUAUAAAUGUGAAGAAUGUGGUAAAGCCUUCAGUCAGAAUUCAGCCCUUAUUCUACAUCAGAGAAUCCACACUGGAGAGAAACCUUAUGAAUGUAAUGAAUGUGGGAAGAACUUUAGGGUUAGUUCACAGCUUAUUCAGCAUCAGAGAAUUCAUACUGAAGAAAGAUAUCAUGAAUGCAAUGAGUGUGGCAAAGCCUUCAAGCAUAGCUCAGGCCUUAUUAGACACCAGAAGAUUCAUACUGGAGAAAAACCAUAUCUGUGUAAUGAAUGUGGGAAAGGCUUUGGUCAGAGUUCUGAGCUUAUCCGGCAUCAAAGAAUUCAUACAGGGGACAAGCCCUAUGAAUGUAAUGAAUGUGGGAAAACUUUUGGCCAGAACUCAGAGAUUAUUAGACAUAUUAGAAUUCAUACUGGCGAGAAGCCCUAUGUAUGUAAGGAAUGUGGAAAGGCCUUCAGGGGGAACUCAGAACUUCUUAGACAUGAGAGAAUUCACACUGGAGAGAAACCCUAUGAAUGCUUUGAGUGUGGAAAGGCUUUCAGGCGGACUUCUCACCUUAUUGUCCACCAGAGAAUUCAUACUGGAGAGAAACCCCAUCAGUGUAAUGAAUGUGCAAGAACAUUUUGGGAUAAUUCUGAGCUGCUUCUCCACCAGAAAAUUCAUAUCGGAGAGAAACCUUAUGAAUGUAAUGAGUGCGAAAAAACAUUUAGCCAGCAUUCCCAACUUAUCAUACAUCAGAGAAUUCACACUGGAGAGAAGCCUUAUGAAUGCCAAGAAUGUCAGAAGACCUUUAGUCGGAGCUCUCACCUCCUCCGACAUCAAAGUGUUCACUGUAUGGAAUGAACUACAAAAUAGGAAAGCUUUCUGUGGAAAGCCAGACUAUUCAUUUAUUCAUAAUCUCUGUCCCAAAUUCUCAGAUCAAAUGAAUGGACAGAACCUCAUCUGUCCUCUCACUGAAUUUAAAUGGUUGAAGAGGAUGAGGCACUUUUUUUUUUAAAGAGUCAGGGUCUCAUUCUGUUACCCAGGCUGGAGUGCAGUGGUGCAAUUAUCACUCACUGCAGCCUCAUAUUCCUGGGCUCAAGUAAUCCUCCCAUCUCAACUUCCUGAGUAACUGGGACUACAGGCGCCAAUGGGGCACUUUUAUGAAUUAUUAAUGUAGAAGUUUCAGUGUACUGAGUUAAAUCAUAAAAGCUAUUUCAGGCCUUAAUUCUCCUCUGUCCCUUGUCCCUUCCUGUCUCCUUUCCCAGUUGAUCACGUAGCAUUAAGGCUCUGUACCUGUGAUUUAUCCUAAAUUACUCUUUGGAAAAAGUGACAGGACAGGGUCUGCUACCUCCUAAGAAUGAAAGAGUUGACUCAUUGAAUGUUAUCCCCUGAAAUGUUAGAAAGUCAUGACUUGGAAGACACACCUCAUUCUCCUGUCCACUGUUUCAUAUUGGAAUAAUUUAGUAAGAUUUUACUAGCCUCAAAUCUUCUAGUCCUGCUAUCAGUUUUCCUAGGAAGAUGGCAGCAUUAAUGAAGAAUCAGGAAGUUUGGGUCAUUUCACAUCUCCUGCUAGGCUUCUUCAUUCAUUUGAAGUGGCUGCCAUGAUGGAGGAUCUGUGGGUAAUUUACAGGAUUAUAAGUGAACGCCAUAGACUCCAGAGGGGUCGAUUAGGCAACACUAGGGGAUAAACAUUUGAGGUCAGACUAUUCAGUGUGGGUAGAAGCAACUUUUUAGCAGCUAUCCCCACUUCAAGGGUGCUCAGACUGACUACUCCCAAGAAUUCUGCUGCAUUCACUUUUGGCCCCAGCUCCUGCCACUGUUGGCAGAUCCUGUGUCAGGAAGUAGUAGAGAGAACUGUGGCUUUGCCUCUCAGACACCUAACCACAGUGAUGAGCCAGUUUACCUGACCAACCAGAGUCUGGCCUUGCUAAAGCACUUCUUCUCUCAUGACCUGGGACCCCACUGCUGGAGCCCCUGGCUGAUAAGCCAGGAAGUGAGAGCCUCUUGGUUUUACUCCUUAGCCUUGAAAUUAUUUCUUCACCAUCUCUAUGUAUGUUUUCUGUGUUCUCCUAUAUGUUAUUUCUUUAAAGAAACAGCCUUCAUUUUUCAUGUGCAUGUUUCUGAGGCAGUGAAUGGUUAGCAAGAAUUGCACUAAUGGGGAUCCAGCAGGCCUGGGGUCUGGUCUUAGCACUAGACCUUGAAUAAGGCACUUCACCUGCUGGUCUCCACUAUUCUCAUCUGUACAAUGAGGGGAAUUGAACUAAAUGCUUUCUGAAGUUUGAACCAGCUUAAUAACACCUG